AGAUAGUGUCCUUCCUUUAUAAUCUGUAUUUACCUUCCUGUGUGAGCUUAGUUCAUGUUUAAUGUCUUAAGGGCUUUUGAUAAGAUGCUUAAUAGGGUGUGUGGACAAAGAGUCGGCUGACGUCUUAACCAAUCCUUGAUCCACUCAGGGGAUUAAAUGUAUAGACGACCUUUGUUUGAUUAGGUUAGUGGGCAUUUUUUGUUUGUGGCAGGGGAGGUUAGAUCGUUAACGAAGGAUAAAACCAGAAACGCAUUUGAAAUUUCAAAAAAAUUUUAUUAUUAUUUUUUUUUAAAUUAUGAAUCUAAAUUAUUCAAUUACUUUGGAUUUUAUUUGCUAGCGGGGAAUUUGGCGACACUCCAAACCACAUGUUCUUGACGUGUUUACAUUUGUUGGGGUCUUACGAAUUCAGAGCAGGUUUCUUACUUUGCACGUCCUUCCCUUCAGUUUUGUUUUAAUAUUUGGAGGUAUUUCAUUUCUUUUCUUUUCCUUUUAAUUCGUGACCAAUCAGAAUCAUUCGUUUCGGAAAUAUCAGUCCAUUUCCUGCAAAGUUUGGCCUUGUUAUACUUACCUUUUUUUUUGAAUUCCCCGUAACAGUGGCGUAGGAGACAGAAUUCCAAAUCAUGAGAACGGGGAAAAAAAUGAAGCGGCCACCUGACAUCAGAUCCCGUGAGAUGAUCAAGACAGGUGUGUCAACUAGUAAAUGGCUAAACGACCCUGCAAUUUCCCCGCGGAGCAUGUGAUCCAUGGCGGAAUCAAACAAGAACAACCCCACCACUUUAAAAAAAAAGAAGGGAGUGCAUUAAGCCGCUAGAUGUAUACGUUUGCUUGGACCGUUGGGGGCCUGUUUUACCUGUACACGACGCGUGUCGAUGCAUUUUCUCUUCUUCUCCCCUUUUUCUUUUUCUUUUUUUUUGAAAUGGAAAAGAAAAAAGAGAGGAGGAAUGAUGGAGUGAGACACAAGUGAAUAAGGGGAAAAGACGGUUGUUGAUUGGUCGCUAUGCUCACUCUACCUCGGCAGGUGAGAGAUGGGGUGAUUUUUGGGGGGGGUGGGGAGGAGGAGAGUAGGAAAAAACGAUUUUCUUGGCUGGUGCAUACCUACACCAGUGUGUACUAAAGGACGUUUGCCUUUUUGUAUGCGUGUCUCUACGCACACACACAGACACACGCACUACACCUGAGGGUACAUUGGUGUGUGUUGCAGCCACUAGCUCAUAGCGCUUACUUUAAGCUAGAAACCGAGUUCAGUUCAGUAGUGCUCGAGCAAGCUUCGGAGCUGGUAUCCAAGUGAAGGGAGCCUGCCCCCGACGUGCCUUUUUUUCCCCCAUAAAUUCUUCCUCCCCCCCUCUCUUGAAAAAAAGAGUCAGACACACACACACACCGAAAGGCUUUUUACGGAAUUUUCUUUGUGUUGUUGUCCUUUUCACAGAGUGUGUGUAAUUUUUUGUUGUUGUCUACGUGUCUAGUGCGACGAUCCAUCCGCCCCGUGUUUUUCGAAUCCAUUUAUGUAUUUGGGGCUACCAAAAACACAACACACAAUCAGUUUGGAAAUGUUCCAGCAACGCAAGAAGUAGCCCAUCUUUUUUCCUCUGCAUUUUCUUCUAGAAAAAAAGGAAAACCCAUCCGUUUGCAUUUUCCCGUUGCAUUUUUGUUUUUGUUGGGGAGCGGGGGCCGCUGGAUCAUCAGACAAAUCCCGAUGGAUGGAGCAGUUCAACGUCCUUUUGUCAUCCUCUCGCACUCGACAGAAUUGAUGACUGUGAAUUCGGAUAGCGAAACGAAGAAGGAAAAUGUGCCGCUAUUUUAACCCGAUGAUUUGUUGAAAGAAAAACGUUCUACUCCCCCGACGGAUUGUGUGUCCACUUUGUAAACCGUUAGAUCCAAUUCCCCCAAAAAAGAAAAUUUUCGUUUGUUUCUCUUUUUGCUUCUGAAUCAAGAGAUUAAAGCGAAGCUAAAAGAAGAAAGAAAGAAAAAAAGUGUUGCGAGAGAGAGAGAGAAAAUCGUGUCCGGGUCCGUGCGCGGAAUUUUUCUUGCCAUAUAAAGAGAAAACAAGGGAAUUCAGGACAUGUUUUCUACAAUGCUGAGCGGUGGCAGUGGUAACCGACGGGCCACCAGUUUGGGCAAGGGUCACCUCAGCCAAGCGGCAGCCGCCCGACUUGCCCGCACUUCUUCCUGGAACGACGGCCUGGACGGCGCAGGGAACCCAAAUCCUUCAGCAACUGCUGCCGGCUAUCCUUCCAUUUUGAGGGUGGCCGACGAGUCGCCUCAGCAACAGGCCACUACACUGCAGCAGCUCCAGCAGCAACAACAGGCUCGGCUACGACGCACUUCCAUGCGCAGGAUGGUCCGAUUUCGCAUGUCGGCCGGUUCCGCGGACGUUGACCCGCCCGACGUCGCUCCAUCAGGUGAUGCCGCUGUUGACGAUAACGGCGCCAAUACGAGCGGGACGCGCACUUGUAAUGAGCACCAACCGGCGGCAAACGAUGGAGCAGAUGCGCCUCGAAAUGAAGACGGCACUAAAAGUCGCAACGACAGCGAGAGUCACGGCAACGCUGGAAGCAGCAGCAGCAGCAGCAGCAGCAGUAAUAGUUCGGGAGACGAGCGUUCGCCCGGUUCCAGUCGGGCGGCUAUCCCGUUACUAUGGCAACCCGCCAGUAAGCAACCCCAGGUGGAGGAAACAACAACCCGCAGCCCGUUGCCACCUCCGCUACUGCCUCCGCCUCCUUCAUCGUCUUCUUGCCAGCGUUCGGCCGCCAUUGCGGCCUCGUUCGUCAGUCCCCUCACGGCCGCUCCCGCUAACGAAUCGCUGACAAGUGGACGCCGAUCGGCCUGUGAUGGUCCAACAAGUACGUCGACGUUUCACAUCGAACCAGACCACGAACGAGAGGAGACGGACCGAUGGCCGGGUAACAACGCAGUUUCACCGUCCUCGCCGCCAGGUGCGACACAGUCGUCCGGAUCGUCAGUCCAUACUGGGCCGUUGGCCGGAAGAGCAGUGCUAGUGCGUCAAGUGUCUCGUUUCUCCGUCAUGCAGACAUCGCCGUCGCCUGCCGAUGGCUCAUCGGCGGGCGUUGGCGGAACACCGGCCAACGACUCGACGGCAACGCAAUCUGGCGGCGAACGAGAUCCGUGCGGCGGCCCCACUGGCCAGUUGUCGUCGUCUAGCAAUCAAUCGAGACGUCAACGUGGACGCAGCGGACGCAAUCGCGAAGGCGGAGGUCACUCACGCGCACGUCGCCAACGGUCCAACAUGAGCGCCGCUUCCGCAACUUCACGCGCUUCCACCGUCUCCUCGCCCGAUGUACCCAUUGUACGCUCACAGAGAAGGAGGAAUCGUAAUGCGGAUGGAAAUGUGGAUCCGGAGGAGGAAUCGCGACGGAAACUUGGAGGCAUUUGGCCGCACAACAUGUCGCCCAUGUUCGCUCUUCUGGCUGCCACGUUGGGUCUUUUCAACGUUUCCCGUUUCGCUUUGCUGAGCAUCGAGUACGGCGGCAACUUUAUCGUCCAGUUCAUGUUGUUGUCGUUUCUCUUUGGCAUCCCGUUGCUCUGCUUUCACGCUUGCCUCGGCCAAUUCCUCGGCUCAAACGUCAUCGACAUGUGGCGAAUUUCGCCCAUUUUUAAGGGUGUGGGUAUUGCUCUCCUUAUCGGCCAGGCCAUCAGCGGCAUCUACAGCAUCGUCGGCGUGGCCUGGAUGUUCUUCUACUUCCGCGAUUCGUUCAUCGCUCAAGAGGAUCGCUACAAAUGGUCCAAAUGCUACGAGCAGAUACGCAGCUGCUCGCAACCGACUAAUUAUUCAUUCAGCCUGGAGGAGACUAUUCCCGAUUACUUCCAUGCCCGGGUGUUGCAGCGCAGCGCUCCUUGGUCACCGCCUCUCAGUUUCGUGUCUCUUAAAUUCGAGCUGGCCUUCAACUUGGCCGUUAUCUGGAUGAUCGUUUUCGUAGCCCUCGGCAAAGGGCUGCGGUCGUACGGCAAAGUAGUUUACGCCUUCGGGACGUUGCCCAUUUUGGGCUAUUUCAUCAUCUGCGUUAAAGUGCUGGGUUACAGCUCUUCCGUACCGACCAGCGGCGUAGGAGGCGUGCUGGACCGGACUCCGUGGAACGAGUUUUUCACCGACACUAAAGUAUGGGUGAUUGCAGCCCGCGAGGUGUUCAUGACUUGGGGCAUGUGCGGCGCAAUCGUCAUGCAAAUCACGUCGCACAAUCGGUACGGGCACAGCUUGCGGCGUGACAUCACGGUCGUCAUCGGUCUCACGCUGUUCGUCCUCAUGUUGUCCGGCUUCCUGGCCUCCGCUUGCCUUCAGAUUAUCAACUCCAGAGGGCCUUACGAAUAUCUCAUGAGUUCUUUCGAAACGGAUCAAAGCUACAAGUUUUUGAGGAACUUGCGAUUCAUGCGACAGCAUCAACAGUCGAAUUUGCUCAACAAGCAAGAAGAAUUCCACAACAACUUGGUGAUGGGCGUGGCCGUUCGAGAAGGCGAUGACGGACCGGGAGAUCAUUCGGGUUAUCAUCCGAUUCGUUUAGCUACCGAACUGUUUCCAGCUGUUGUGGCCAUCAUCGGACCGGGCGAAUUCUCACCGUUUUGGGCCGUCUUGUUCUACUUUUCGCUGGUGGCGUUCGGCAUCGCUCAACAGCUGGCCAUUUGGCAUUGCGUCAUCAACGGCAUCGUGGCCUUCCGUUCGUGUUGCCUCAAGUCUUGGGAGACGACCAUCACCUUCUGUACGUGUUUGCUGGGAUUCUUCCUGUGUUUGCCAUUGGCAACUGAGUUGGGUAUUUCCAUCGUCUAUCAUCUGGAUUACGUCAUGGGUUCGCUCUGGUGGCUUAUGAUCAUCUACGUUGUCCAAAUCGCGGCCGUCUUGAUUGUUCGCGGCCGGCCCUACAAUGGCGAAAGUAUUGUGGCCGUCCUCGUCAAAGGGCCUGGCUGCAUGGCCAAUUGGUGCGUUCCGAUGCUCACUUUCUCGUGGAGCGUUGUCCUUCCCAUCGGACUUUUGGUGCUCAGUGUGUCGUCUUUCAAAAUGGGCCAUUUCUGCGACAUGUUCAACUGGCGAAUGACUGAAGGCUAUGCUUACUGGCCGUUGUGGGCCCGUCAGACGGGCUCGAUGCUUCAAUUGAUACCCAUCCUGCUCAUUCCAGCUGUUGGCCUUAUUCAAUGUAUCCGUUAUCUAUCCUCCGGGCCGUCUGAUUUAUUCGACAGGAUCAAAUUACUUUACCGGCCGGAUUUCAGGACGUACCUCAUACCAAGCCAAUCGGCUUCUCGGACAGCGUCGAGGACGUCACGUAGUCAGCAACGAAGCGAAAGGCGGAGAUCAGGUCGAUCGUCACGUUCCCGUUCACGAUCGCCGUCACCUACUCCGGCGACGUUCCCCGAUCCGCCGCCCAAAUACACUCCGCCACCGACGUACAACACGGCGACAGGAGCGCGGAUUGCUAAAAUGCUGCGCGAAAGCAUCCGGCGAAGCAUCCGUCAAAUCCGCGAUAUGACGACGCCCAUCCAUACGCCCGGCAAUACGGUGACCAGCAUGGCUGCCAUGGCUGAACUGGAAUUAGGUCGAGGCAAUCGAGAAGAUCAUCAUCAGACGUCCAUUACUUCGACAUCGAGGCAUUUGCCACCGGCCUACACUUCGGUUAUUUUGGAAAUGCGCAGUCACGGACCUGACGAUCUCCGCAUGCCGGACAUACUGAGCGAUCGCCUUUCUCAGCUGGUCGGCUGUGACAGCAGCGAAGCCUCGACGUCGGGCAGUUCUUCAGUGCUUGUUCCAGUACUACCGAUUGUACUGCAACAAGUUCCAGCAGUUGCGAUACGACGAGCAGCGCUCCAAUGAGUGCGGUUGAAUUGACGCGGCUUUUGGGAGAGUCUUUCCGUCGUAGCGCUCGCAAUACGUUGCGCAAUAGUUUGAGAUUCAUCCGCAACGGCAAAACUGCCGCCAAGCCAACGGCUAAUGAACGCUCCGUUACCGAUGAUGACGACACUACCGAUACGGACCAGGGCGGCCGCCAUCUUGUCCACGGAGCUGUUCGCAUUCACCGUGAUCCCUCACUUUCCAAUGUUGUGGUCACCUUACCCAAUGCUCCUGGUAAUCAUUCAGAGAGUAUCGCCUGAUUUUUUUUUUUUUUAUUAUUAUUAUUAUUUAGUCCGGUCCGGAUUUUUCUUCGUAAUAGAUUGAUCCAUUUCCGUCCGUCCCGAUCUGAUGUAAUUAAAGUUUUCAUAUCUUUUCGCUUGUUGUACGAAAAAAGAAAAAGAAAAAAAAAGAAUGUUGAAGAUGUCGAAUUCGAGUAACGAACUGGCGGCCAUCUCUGUUUUAACACCUGAGCGGCGGAUAAUGUUUUUGUUGUUUUGUUUUUUUCAGUUAAGUGUCACCCAGUCACGGACGUUACUGGAGAGCUCUCUUUUUUUAUUUCCCUCUCUAUUUCUCUGUUUUUAAAAACGAUUUGGGUAAUUUGUGAUUGCAAAUAGCAAUGAACAAGACGUUAAUUGUUUUGUUUUGUUUUUUUUAUGGGGGGGGGGGGUAACUAGACGACGAAAUCAACCAUCGUGCUUUUGGAAUUUCAAGUUGUUCGGAGGGCCGACAGCUGGUUUGCUAUUGCAUUAAACUUACAAAUCGUGUUUUUAUUUUAUCAUUAUAUAAUAGGAAAAAGAAAAAAAAACAACAUUUCGUUCUUCUUUCGUCUAUUGCCCAAUACGAUUAACAACUUUUUUGCUUGACUUUAUUUCAUUGUAUUUUGUGUGUCGAUGUACAGACCUAGUCAGAUGAAACCGCGCCUGCAUUUUUCUGUCGCCUGUUUGUUGCCUGAUGAUUUUGACGGUACGUUUUCAUUUGAGACUGUUAACGUCCAACAUGUGUAAUAAUCGCAUUCUUGUAAUCUCGUAUUUUCUUUGUUGAUGUUGACGUUUUGGUUCUGCCUUCUCUACCCCUCUUGACCUUAAUUUACUGUUCUCAUUGAAUGAUUUGCUAAUGUACCUAUUAAACGCCUUUAAUCGGU